GUUACGUCAGAGGUUAUUGCGGAAAUAAACCGAAACGUAUAUCAUAUAUACUGUCUAUGAUAUCAAGCCGAUAGGAAUAGGAACUAGGAACCAGGAUGGGAACAGCUUUUAUUUGUUUACAAAUUUGUUUCGGCCGUAAGGCUUUUAUUAUGAAGCAGAUUAGGAAACCGUGAUCAUCUGUCUUACCUCAGGAGCCCAACAGGUCAACAUUGCUGCCGCUUUAACCCUUGUCAUCUUGCUAGUUGCAUUUGUCUUAUUGGAAACCAGGACAAGAUAUUGUUUUUGCUAGCUGGCGGAGUGAAUGGAGGAAAGCGAGAUAAGGAGCCGAGCCGAUCCGGGCCAGUCCAUGCCAGGUGGAGAUACAAGGGACAGUAUGACCCAGACUGAAAGCAGAAUAGGCCUACAGGGCCAUGGCCCCAGGCUAUCAAAGGUAAACCUGUUCACCUUGUUGAGUUUAUGGAUGGAGCAGUUCCCACAGGAGCAACUGCUACAGGAUCACCACAGUGAGAUCCGCGGGAUGGGUCUGGUGGUGGUGCGGGACAGUAAGGUGCUGGGACUCCACUGUUCAGGACCCGAGCUCCACGCAGGACAGGCAGCCAUUAUCCACCAUGGCGCGUGCCUGGCUGACUGUCAGUUGUACUUUUCUAGGAGACCCUGUGCCACCUGCCUCAAAAUGAUCAUCAACGCUGGAGUCAGUCAGAUCUCCUUCUGGCCCGGAGACCCUGAGGUCAGCAUGCUGAGGUCCACCUCUGCAAAGCACUCAAGCUCCCACAGUCCACCGGAGUGCAUCACCGAGGACGCCGCGCUGGACGCCGUGGCAGCGGAGAAGCUGAAAUCCAACAGCCGUCCUCACAUCUGCGUGCUGCUGCAGCCGCUGGCGCCCGGCCUGGCGCAGUUUGUUGACGAGACGUCCAGAGAGUGUGAUUUCAUAGAGAGGAUGAUUGAUGAUGAACCGGGGCUGAACACAGACACACUCUUCUACAGAGAGCGGACGAGGCUCCUGAAGGAUUUCUCCAGACAGCUCCUGGUCAGGACGUCUCCGCAGCACCGGGAGAUCUUGACCCACAUGGGUCUGGAGAACUUCUGCGUGGAGCCGUACUUCUCCAACCUGAGACACAACAUGAGGGAGCUGGUGGAGGUUCUGGCUACUGUGGCUGCUGCCGUGCCGCUGCAACACUACGGCUUCUACAGGGAACGGCAUUCCACCUCUGAACCAGCGCUAGCCAGCUCGCUGCCUCCGCAUCACCAGGGACUAUCCCAAGAAGUGGCUCGUCACUGCAUCAUCCAGGCCAGGCUGCUGGCUUAUAGAACAGAGGACCCUAAGGUGGGCGUGGGUGCUGUCAUCUGGGCCAAGGGGCCGUCGGCUGGCAGUGAUGGAACCGGGUGUCUGUACCUGGUGGGUUGCGGGUACAACGCUUACCCAGCAGGCUCCCAGUACGCAGAAUACCCCCAGAUGGACAACAAGCAGGAGGACCGGCAGAGACGCAAAUACAGAUACAUUGUCCACGCAGAGCAGAACGCCCUCACCUUCAGGACUCGACACAUCAAACCGGAGGAGCCCACCAUGCUCUUUGUCACUAAGUGUCCGUGUGAUGAGUGCGUGCCUUUGAUCAGAGGAGCCGGCAUCACACACAUCUACACGACCGACCAGGACAGGGACAAGGACAAGGGAGACAUCUCCUACCUGAGGUUCAGCAGCCUGAAGAACAUCAACAAGUUCAUAUGGCAGAGGAGCCCGACCUCUCCUCACCAUGCCAAUGGUCACGUCGGGAAGCACAGCAGGCAGGCUGAGGAGGAGAGCCACAGCAACAAGAAGCUGUGCACCAAGAAAUCCCACGACUCACCGGCUGUCAGCUGAACACCAGCUGCGACUGGAUGGAUUGAUGGAUGGACGGACGGACGGACUGACGGAUCAAUGGAUGUACCAAAAACUACGGAAUCAUGUUUUUAGCUCUUGUGGCGCACAUUAUUUGCACUUUUAUAAAUACGUGGGAUUGGUUUUGCGAACCCAAUCGUUGGUCAGUCUGUAUGUCAUCAGGACGUAGACAUUGACAUCUUUCCUGUGUCCCUCUGUAAGAUCUGCUGCGGCAUGUUUAUGCUUUACACCAUGCUGAGUCAUAGGCAGCCAACUCUGGCAGUUUUCAGUUGGAGAUUUAUAAAGAUUUGCACCUAAAAAGCUAAAUUAGGACUACCGGAGGCGGCUUCAAAAAGGAAGUGCUAGUGGUAGGUGCUAGGAGAACGGUCCCCCAUGUCCUUUAAGUCUCAAAUCUAAGAAGUGAGUUAUGGCAGUGAGUUGGAGAGAUGGAAACAAACUGAAAACAAUACAACACACUGACCUCAAAGGGGAUGGAUGGA